AGCUGGAUUUGCUUCUAAGGAGAGUCGCCUCCAGGAGCUUCUAGAGGCCAAAGCUCUGGCUCUUUCUCAGGCCGACCGUCUCAUCGCCGAGUAUCGACUCCAGAGAGCUCAGGCUGAGGCAGAGGCUCGGAAGCUGGCAGGUCUGCUGAAGGAUACAGAGCGUCGACGGGAGGAUCUGCAGGGCGAGCUGAGUAACCAGGUGCUGGAGAUGGAGCGAGCUAAAGCCGACAUGAAGCUGCUGCUGCAGCACAAAGACCGGCUGCAGAAGGGCUCUGAAGAACACCAAGUUCUCAAAGGAGCCUACAACGCCCUGCUCAACAGGUUUAAUGAAACAGAGCGUCUGCUGAAGGAGGUGCAGGCGGCUCACAUGUCUCUAAACAAACAGAACGACGCUCUGAAGAAAGACCACAAAAUGCUUCAGCAGCAGAAGGACAGGUAGGAAACUCUUCAUCACAGCCGGA